AUGGCUCCACCAGGGAGCCUCCGGAGGACCGCUUUGGACCCCUUAGCCGUCUCACCGCUGGAGGAGGAACAGGACCAUGCCAGGCUAGCCAAGAUUCGUUGUAAGGUUUUAAAAGGACAUUUGGAUGCUGUGACCUCCUGUAAUUUCUGUUUUGAUGAUACAAAAAUUAUUUCAGGCUCUUACGACUGUACAGUGAAACUCUGGAUAGCUGGUAUCAGUGAAACUGCUGGCAAAUUUUGGUUGAUAACAGCAUCAUAUGAUAAAACGCUGAAGGCCUGGGAUAUAGAAACCGGAAAAGUGCUUUGGUCUGUUGAGCAGGAUGGUCUUCUAACGUCAUGUGAUGUUUCUCAUGAUGGUAAAUACGUUGUCUCUGGUUCGGAUAUGGAGAACGCCUUAUGCCUCGUCGAUGCAGCCACUGCUGAACAGGUGGCGUACAUCAGAGAGCACCACAGAAGUACAGUGAGAAGAUGCCGUUUUGACCCUCACAACCACCGAAUAGCUACGGUGUCAUCUGACAUGUCUAUAAAAUUCUGGGAUAUCCUAGCCCAGGCCACCACAAUCACAGUUGAAAAAGCACAUACCAAUGCAAUUUCAGAUUGCUGUUUCUCCUGGGAUGGUCAUUAUUUGUGCACAGCAGGCUGGGAUGAAGUCUUAAAAUUAUGGGAUGUCAGAACAGGGGAGUUUCGUUCUCACGGACCCAUGGUUUUGGAACAAGGUCAUAUAGGUAUCAUUGGCUGCUGCGUUUUCAGUAAAGACGCAUCGCUUCUAGUGUCGGGUGGUUUUGACAAAACAGUCAUCGUCUGGGAUUCGACACAAGCCUAUAAAAAGAUAAGUUUAAAGGGUCAUGAACACUGGGUAACAGAUGUUGCAAUUAGUAGCAACAAGAAGCUAAUUGUUACUUCAUCAAAGGAUUCUACUUUGAGGCUAUGGGACAUUGAAAGCGCACAUGACGUCCCUCUGGUAAUACAAGCCAUAAAAGCAAGAGGCUCAAAGCUAGCCAAGUGUGAAGAAUGUGAGAAGCCCUUUUUAAUCUUCCAGGAACUGGAAGUCAAAGUGGAAACCAGAUGUGUUUUCUGUCGACUGAAAGCUCACAGGAGUGUCUUACCAAGGCGCGGCGUCAGGCGGGGACGGGCCUGGGCGGCCGGGCGACGGCGGUCUUGCGGCCCCGUCGGGACGAGGCCGGCGGCCAUGGGGAGGCGGCGGGACGCUCCUCCGCCGCCGCCCCGCAGCCCGGCCCAGGGCCGCCUCCUCCUCGGCGGUGCCGUGAGGGGGGAGAAGCGGCCGUAG